AUAUAUAUUAUAUUAUGUUCAUCAAUACUUUAAUUUUAAAGAAGUUAUUCCGUAGUUGUUAUUAAUGAUUUGUGAAUGAAUCAAUGUUUUGUUUAUAAAAUGAUAUAGGUCUUCCUUUACGGCUUAAAAUUCAUGUGUCAUGAUGGUAGACAUAUUUGAUGAACCAGAUGUACAUUGUGAACCGAAUGCAUUGGUCGGUAAUUUUGGAUGGUUCCUACAAGGCCUUUUGGCUACAUUGGCAUUCCUUUGUUUAAUAAUAAAAAGAUUUUGUGAACCAAAAUAUGAUCGACGACCCUGGAAGGUAUGGUUUUUUGAUACUUCCAAACAAGGAAUGGGCUCCUUGCUUAUGCACUCAGCAAAUUUAGUUUUGGCCGGUCAAAUUCAAGGUGAUCCAUGCACUUGGUAUAUGAUUCAUUUUUUAAUGGAUUCAUCACUUGGUCUUUUAUUGAUAUUUUUUGGUAUACGAUUUUCCCAACAUGUAGCAAGAGUAAAAAAUUGGGAAUCUUUUAACUUUGGAGAAUAUGGAAAGCCAGAAUCAAUUAGAAUCUGGUUUAUUCAGUGUGGCUUAUACUUGUCACUUUUAUGUUGUGUUAAAAUUGUUAUUACAUUGUUAAUUUCAUUAGACAUCUGGCGAGUUAUCACAAAAUUUAUCAUGUCACCGUUUACUGACCCUAGAACAGAAUUAACUAUAGUCAUGCUUAUCAUACCUCUGUUUAUAAAUGCACUUAUGUUUUGGGUGACUGAUGACAUAUUGAUGCAUAGAAGUCGUCAUCGAGUUGGUUUAUUGCGACGUAUAAAAAUACAAUACCAUAAAGUUCAGCAAAGUGGAAGACUUGAUGAUACACCUAUUUCUGAUGAUGAUGAAUUGCUCAAUCUAGAUGAAACAUCAACAAUUCUACGAUCUAGUGGAGUUCAGGGUUUUUAAUAUGUUUCUUAAUUUUUUUUAAAUAAUCAUGCACUAUGGUAUUUACUUAAUUCCUCAAUUUUAAUCGACAUUCCUUCAAUGUAUAUUGCAUAUUAUUAUCACAGAUUACAUAAAGCUAGUAUGUGAUAUUAUACACCUCAUAAAAACAUAUUGUGAACGUUAUACAAUUUUCAAUAUUGUUUGUUACUUUUAUAUUUAUUAAUAAAA